AUGCGCAAACUCCUACUCUAGAUCGCAACUGAUAUGGCGGAAGGGAACACUUCUCUAUCGCACUUGCUACAAACAUCGCAGGAAUUAAUAGCUUUGGGGACGACACACGCCACUGCUAUUCGGCAGAAGUAUGAACAGUUUGUCUUACACAAUCCAGAGACAAUUUCGACAGUGGAAUCCAUUUUGCGAGCGCUGUCGUACAUGCUUCCAGGACGAUUCGGAGCGUCUGAGGCACUGUCUGAGCUCGUAUUUUCAGCAUCGCAAAUUCUUACGCUGCUAAACGAUUGCAUAUUUCGUGAAGGAGGAAGCAGUCUGGCAUGUGAUGUGACAUCUUCCUGGAGCAAACAACGUUUAUUGUUGUGGCUGACUGUCAUUGAAUAUUUAGAGGUGUUUAUCGAACUCGGCGCCAGUCGUUUGUGGGGUGAAGCAGGAAAGUGGAUCAUUGUCGUGGUUUUACAAAUAGCCAAGGCUGCUUUGAGAUUCGCCUUACUAUUCAAGUAUAAUUCAGGAAUUCAACGGACACCUCUAAUUCCACCCUUUGAUCGAUCAAAACUGGUGAAACCUGAGGAAGUGGAUCGUGAAGAUCCUGACACUUCGAGAAAGGUUGAGAUUUCAGACGAAGCGGUCCCAAAUGACGAAAGGUCACAGACGAACGGCCAUACAGGGCCAGUUUGGCGAGGGCCUAGAUCAGGAAGGGUUGUAAGGUCCCUUGGCGCCACACCAAGUGGUCCAAAUCGUUCCUGGAAACUCCCAGAGGGAACCUCUAAAACCAAGACGGCCUCUCAACCAACCGAUCUUUCUUCUAGGAGAAUGGUAGCUGAGAGCCUUUACAUCUCAAGACCCUUGCUUCACGUCACAAGUAUGUUUAUGUUUGGACAAACCUCGUGGAAGCCGUGGUUGAUUUCUUGUGGAGUAGAUGUCACAUCAUUAGCUCUUAUGGGUGAUUCAAGUGAACUAAAUGAUGAGGAAAAAUCAGAAUUGUCCAGAAGAACAUUUCGGCUUCUCUUUUAUCUUUUGCGAUCUCCAUUUUAUGAUAACUACUCAAAGACUAGGAUUCUAAGUUUCCUAAAAUUUAUGAAAGGGAAUGUUCCUGGGGUUUCUCUUGUGCUUAAUCCUUUGCUGGACUACCUUCCAACUUGGCAGAAGAUUUAUUUCUAUAACUGGAGUUCCUAAAACUUUGCAAGGGGAUUCUCCAUCCCAAAGCUGUUCUAACAGGUGUCCUUGUUUUGUUACAGUUUUUGACUAGAUUUUAAAUUAUCAAUCUACAAUCAACUCCCAAGGACACAAAUGAUUAACCCUUUCACACCAAGGAGUGACUAAGCAUAAAUUUCUCCUCACAACAUCCAUACAUUUUCAAGCAGAAAAGCAAUGAGAAGUGGAAAAAUUAUCAUCAAGGAGGAUAUUACUUCAUUCUUAGAUCUAAAACUAUAGGCAAUGAAUGAUGAACAGUGUGGAAAAGCUCUACAUUAUCUAGAUCAAGGGAGUGAAAGGGUUUUAACCCUUUACACCCUAACAUCAGUAUCCAUAUUCUCCAUACUCUUCUCAAUACAUUCCCUUUAGUCUGGUCAAGGAGAAUUUGUUUUACAAUCAAAGGAUCUUAGGUUGGUGAUCAUUUCCUUUAUUCUUCUGAUAUAAGUGAAUGACUUGGCAGAAUUACUGCAAGGAGAGUUUGGAUGCUGGUCACUCUUAGGGUUUAAAGGGCUAAGAGAAAUUGAAGAGGAGUUGAGAACAAAUGUGGGGAAAUAAGUUAACCCUUCAACUCCCAUGAGUGACUAAGACAGAAUUUCUCCUUACAAUAUCAAUACAAAAUCAAGAAGGCAAGUGAUGAGAACCAAGAAAAGUAUCAGUUAGGGGAUUAGUAGUUGAUCCAAUACCAAAUUCUCAGAAGUAACAUCAGAAGAAUUUUAUAGUGAACAGUAAGGAGAAUUACUGAAAAGAUCUUGGGAGUUAAAGGGUUAUAGAUGCUGAGAACUGUAUUCCUGUUCAUGUAGUUUACAUCUUCAUGAAAUUUAAUCUCAUUAUUGAAAUGGUAUGAGUGAGAAAUUACUAUAAAAGACAGUUCAAUAGUUGAUACUUUGGCCUUUGUUGAUAACCAUUGGUGAGCCUCAAGGUUUUGAUGUAAAUCUUUUGAAAUUUUCUCACUAAUGUUCUCAUGUAAUGUAGUUAUUACUAACAGCUUAUUUAGAUCAUCUAUAAACAGGGUUGGUUUAAUGGUCCAGUGCUCUACAGAGAGUGUUUCACACAUUAUUUGACCCUCAAACUCCUAAGAGUGUCUAGCAUUUAAUUUAUCCAAUGAGAAUCAACCUUGAAUCAACCAUGAAGGUCAUGAGAAUAAAGGAAAUGACCACAAACUGAAAAAGCUCUUGAUUACGAGACAACUUCUCUUUGAAAGUACCAUAGGAAAUUUUGGGAGAACUUGCAUACUGAUGUUAAGGUGUACAGGGUGAAAAACAGUUAAUUCACUUUGGUGCUAGUUUAACUUAACAGUUGUAUUUACUUGGAGUUGUUAGUAAAGCAAAGUAACAUUGUUUCUUAAAAUAAUUACUGCUCAUAACUUAAAUACCUACAUGCAGUUUAGGAUGAAAAUAUUGUACUUUCAGGAUGCCUUUAUUGGAUAUUAAAUCCAUUUUUAUGAAUAUGUAGAGAGAGUAUAUUCUUCAUCCUUGGAUACCAGUUUAAGCUAUUUUUGAAUGAUCACCUUCAUGUGGGGUCACCCCUGGUGGGAGAUAUCCCUGGAUGGAUCAUCUCCCUCCCCCCCUCCCCCUCCCUAUCUCCACUCCAUUUAUCAAGGGAGAUUGGAGUGCUGAAGGCCACUUUUCUGAUAAGAAAUAUAAAAAUUAUGAUUACUUUGUUGGGCAAUGUGGCCCAUUUUGUGGGCUGAAAUGUAGAUUUUGGCAAAACAAAUUUUAGCUCCCCAGAAGCCUCACAUGGGUGUUCAGACUGUUUUGUUAUUAUUUUGUUUGGUUGUUAUCUUUUUGAGUGCCCUCCAAGUGAUAACGAUAGUAACAAAGUUUAUGUUCCUAGGCAUAAACAUGUUUUGGGCUCUUCUCAGAGUCAAUUAAAUCCUGGCCUAACAGCUCUUAAUAAAAUGACUCUGAUUUGGCCUAAAACAUAUAUAUUGAUUGAUCUCAUUAUCAUAAGUAUGCCCUCUUUUUGUGAAAGUUAGGAUGGCUCUUUAGAUAUUUUUGAGGAAAUAGAGUAGCCAUUGUGAGAUUGAUAUUAGUUUAUGAGAUUACUCAUGUCAAGUAUUGCAGGAAACCCAGUUGCCUUUCCAAUAAGGUGGUUUUGAAUUAUGGAAUAUUAAAAUCAUUAGUCAUUAAUCUUAAUGGCAGUGAAAUUGAUUUGAUUAGUUUUAUUUCAGUAUUAUGAAAUAUAGCAACAGGUAAUCUCAGACUGGCACAAAUUCAAACCUGAAUUGAAUCUGUAUGACAUGUUGCAAGGACAAAGAUUAUUGCGAAAGUCACAUGAAAUGUUUUGUUGCUGAAACUUGCCUUGAAGUUAGCAAAAAAUUACUUUCUGUAAUUAGAAAUUUGUUAAGUGUAGUUUCUUAGAAAUGAGUUCCUGAUAAUAACAGAGGCUCUCACUCAGAGCAUUAUACCACAACCAUACCCUACUAAACAAGAUGAUUUAAUUUAAAUUCUUUGUCAGUUUGGAACUUAAAUAAAAAUGUUAGAAGCU